AUGGAUAUCCACCGUUGUCGAUUUGUGUCUUACAACCCCCAGGCGAUCAACUCGCUCGCCUUUUCGCAUCCACCAUCCGCUGAUCUUGCUGGACGUGGCGUGCCUACCCUCCGACUUGCGAUCGGUCGUGCGAACGGCGAUAUCGAAAUAUGGAACCCUCUGCGCGGGGCUUGGUUCCAGGAGACGGUGCUGCGCGGAGGAAAGGAUCGCAGUAUCGAGGGUCUUACCUGGACCCUCGACCCCUCCGAGGAGGGACCUGACGGCUCCAAGCUGCCGGGCAAGCUGCGCCUGUUCAGCAUUGGCUACUCGACGGCUGUCACUGAGUGGGAUAUCGAGCAGGGACGUCCUCUGCGUCACUCCAGCGGAAACUACGGGGAGAUCUGGUGUCUCGCGGCCCAGCCGCGCUGGCAGCCAACGAAGAGGGGCAAGGAUGGAAAAUUCCUUCCUCCCGCCGAGGGCGAGUUCACCGGACAGCACCUCGUCGCUGGAUGUGCAGAUGGAUCCAUCGUGGUCCUCUCCACUGCGGACGACGAUGUUAAGUUCCUCCGUCUGAUGCGCCCCUCCACUAAGAGAGCUCGCGUGCUCAGCGUUACCUUCCAGAACCGCCACACCAUCGUCGCCGGCUAUGCUGAUAGUUCCAUUCGUCUGUUUGAUAUCCGCAAUGGCCAGCAACUGCGCACAAUCUCACUUGGAAAGGGUCCGUCGGGCGGUCCGAAGGAAUUGUUGGUCUGGGCAGUCAAGUGUCUGCCCGAUGGUACAAUUGUCUCUGGAGACUCCGCUGGUGAAAUCCGCUUCUGGGAUGCCAAGAACUACUCCCUCAUCCAGCGGAUACAGAGUCAUCUGGCAGACGUUCUUGACGUCGCCGUAACCGCGAACGGAGACACUGUGAUCAGCGGAGGUGCAGACCAAAGAACAGUCGUUUACCGCAAGAAGGAGGGCGAGAAGGGAGAUAAAAAGUCUCGGUGGGCAGAGGUUAUGCAUCGUCGAUACCACUCUCACGAUGUUAAGACCUUCGCUGUCUACGAGACAAAGGAUAUCAGCAUUGCUGUUUCUGGAGGCCCCGAUGCCACCCCCGUUGUCUUGCCGCUGCGUGAAUUCGGAAAAGAGCACCACCGAAAACUGUCUAGCCUGCCUCAGAUCCCUCAAUUGACGUCUGCACCCUCGUCUCGACUGGUCAUGAGUUUCUGGGAUAGAGAAGUCAGCCUGUGGCGUGUGUCUCGAGGCCCGGUUUCUCUUCAUGAGAACAUUGACGGCCAGCGACACAGACUUGUUGCAAAGGUUAUGAUACAGGGCGAAGAGAACAUCACAUCAGCUAUACUGUCCUCGGAUGGCAAGAUUCUUGCUAUCGCAACCGUUUCCGACGUUAAGAUGUUUACUGUGCGUCGUCGCAAGGGUGACGAGAAGGGCGCUCUGCGCAUUCAAAAGAUCGAUGUUCCCAAGGCUCUUUCUGAAGAAGGUGCACGUAUCGUGGUCGUUUCCCCCGACAGCCGAUGGCUCUGUGUUGUCCGACCCAACAGCGAUCUCUACGUCGCCAGAAUUCAGCCGGCUUCCACGGCCACCGGGAAGCCUCAAAUUUUGCCGCAGCUCGCCAACAUCAAGCGUGCCUCGCGGCAUGUACGACACGAGAAGGCCUCGCAUGGUACUCUGGGUGAUUAUGAGAGAACGGUACGCUCCGUCGUCUUUUCUGAUGACAGCAAGAUUCUGGCUGCCGGUGAUCUGUCUGGCUGCGUGGAUACCUGGGUGCUGAGUGCUGCGACCGGCCCUGCCACAAACGGCCACUCUAAGACCAACGGUGCCGCUGAUUCCGAUGCCGAAUCAUCUGAUGACGAAGACGAGGAGGUUGCGAUUGAAGGUGAACGCUGGCAUCUCGGUGCCAAUGAAUCUCCUAUUCCCCGGAUGAAGUCCGGCAUCACCUUGUUGUCCUUCCGCCCUCACAAGUCCUCUUUGAAGGCACUGCCCAAUGGCGACAACCACACAGAGUCUACCGAGGACCGAUUGAUGGUCCUCACGAGCGAGCAUCAGCUCAUCGAAUUCGAAGCUCGUAGCGGCAAACUCUCCGACUGGUCAAGACGUAACCCCAAGGCAUAUCUCCCUGCGGAGUUCCGCGGAGUGAAGGACCGCGCCAUGGGCUGCAUGUGGGAUCUUGUUGAUGGCCGGGAGCGUCUCUGGCUGUACGGAGCUUCUUGGUUGUGGAUGUUUGAUCUCUUGCAAGACUUCCCAUCCCCCGAGGAAGCAGAAGCCGAGGACAAGUCCGCCGGCCAGCUCGUCAAGGCAUCCAAGCGCAAGCGCGACCCAUCCGAGGAUGACGAGAAUGACCGUAAGAAGGCCAACAGCGGCGCCGGUGAUCGGAUCCCCCGGUCUCAGAUGGACAUUCACCUUGGCACGAAGGUCCGCAAGAUCGUUGGAAGCGAUGAAUCACAGGGCGAGUGGGUUUCUCUCGACCAGGACCGCCCUCGGGUACCUGGUGAGGAUGAUGAAGCUUACGAGUAUGACGAGGCUUUCGCAGCCACCAACGAGACCAACUUGGCCCGUCUCCGACGUGAAGGUGGAGCUGCGAUCGAGAUUGGAACGCCGCAAAAGGGAUCCAAGGGCAAGCCAGUCAACGGAGAUACCCUGAAGAAGCAGCUAGCCAACGGCACGUCAGCUCAGCCUGCACGCCGCUGGUGGCACACCUACAAGUACCGUGACAUCCUUGGCAUCGUCCCCCUCGCCCCGGGUGAGGAUUCCGAGGAGCAGACCCUGAGUGGCAACCUGGAGGUGGCGGUGGUGGAGCGACCGAUGUGGGAUGUUGAACUCCCUGGCCGAUAUGUGAGGGAUUAUGAGUGA